UACAAGAACCCUAUUGCCAAGCUGGACUUGGAUUUGUUCCGCGAAAAAGUAAAGGGAUGUGCAUGGACAGGUCACUUGAGAACCGAUACAGAUUCUAUCGCUGGGGCUAUUGGUGCCGCAGACCUCUUCGAUGGCAUCGCUGCGCGUUCAAGUGAAAUGAACGAUGAGUCGAAGUGGGUGCUGAAUCAGUAUACUGUAGCCAACCCCGAAUACAUUGACAUAGACCCAAAUCGCAUAGUAGGUAUUGUGGAUCAUCACCCACUGCUGUCCAGCACAGUGGUAAUUGAUGAACCCAUCCGUAUAGAUAUUCGGCCGGUUGGUAGCACCUCCACCAUUGUUGCGUGCUACUAUGGCUCGGCAAACAAACCAAUGAGCGAGGACAUAGCAGGUAUAUUGAUGAGCGCAAUCCUUUUGGAUACAGUGAAUUUGAACUCGCCUACAACAACGGAGUUCGACAUAACGAUGCUUUCGUGCCUGGCAACGCAAUCAAAUACGAAAGACAUAGAUACAUACGCCGACGCAAUGUUCCAAGCCAAAGCUAAUGGAUUCAACAAUCUUGAUGACGAUGAGGUACAAUACAAUUGUUUGGCCCACUGUAGAAACACUGACCCCGCUUCAAUGAUGGCUCGUAAGCAGGCGCUGGCAGAUUCCAUGAAGGAGUUGAAAACAGAGAAAGACACAAAGUACGCUUAUCUGUCGAUUGUCGGUAUUGUAAACUUAGAUACUAAUUUGAUACUUAUCGGCGAGGAUGAGACGGAAUUGGCAGUCUAUGCGUUCAAAUCACAAGUGAACGCUGAUGAAGCGCUGGUAAUGAAUAUCGGCAACCUGGUGUCACGGAAAGAUUUCCUCCCGACUGUUCAGGCCAUCAUCUGUAGAGAUGACGAGUAA